GCAUGCUCUCCUCCCGCAGGAUCCUUGCCAGCUCCCACGUGCGGCGUGCUGAACAACGACACGGGAGACUGGACUUUGACUGUGACCCCCAGUGUGAACGUGUCGGACGUGACGGUGAGGCUGAAGAGGGCUCCGCUGUCCUGUUCCUCUAACGAGACCGGCUCCUUCUCCGAGUCCCCAUGCAUCGUCCAGACCCUCCUGGUGUCAGCGUCGCGCAAUUCGGCCUGUUUAGCACAUCUGCUCAUUCGAGUGGAGAUUUAUGCCAACUCUUCUCUGGCCCAUAGUGCCUCAGAGAACGUGACGGCCAUCCCUGACCCGGUGCACCAGCCUCUGGGCCCGUGUCCCUGCAACCUAUCCGCCGGGGCCUGCGACGUCCGCUGCUGCUGCGACCAGGAAUGCUCGUCCGAUGUCACCGCGCUCUUCAGAGAAUCCUGUCUCACCGGCGUGUUUGGGGGGGACGUUAGCCCCCCUUUCGAUCAGCUCUGUUCCGCGCAGAGGCCGCCCGGGGUCCCCGGCUGGUUUCCCUUCCUGUGUGUGCAGUCCUCGCCGGCCAAUUCACCCUUCCUCGGUUACUUCCACCACGGGGCUGUGUCCUCGAGGCCGCACGCCGCCGCCUUUGACGCGUAUCUGCACACUGAGCCGAAGGACAUGUCGGACUCGGGGUACAAACAGGGAGACCCCGUUAUGACUGCCGCUCAGGCCUAUCUCACUGUCCCUCAGGUCUCCCUGGCUGGGCAGUGUGUGCGGGAUGCCCCGGUGGGAUUCCUGCAGAAUUUUGACGUUCGCUGCAUUACUGACCUCGACGGCUACCGGGAGCCAGGCAGCGUCCUGGACGCCGGGAUAAAGGACGGCACUGCGGGAGGCAUCGUCAUCCCACACGUGAUCUAUGAGGAAGCGGCGGACCUGGGCCAGGUCCUCGCCGGUGCAGAGACACUUUUAAGUCCCGGAUCGGCCCCCAGAAACGUGACUGUGGAGGGACAUUAUCUCUUCCGAUGGAAUAACCGUACCAUCAGUGAAAUACACGUCAGGAUUAUCCGGGCAACAGUCCAUGCCCUCCAGAAAGGAACCAUGACACAGAGAUUUACCGUCAAGUUUUUAAGCUAUAACAGCGGCCACGAGAAGGAAAGAUCUGGAAACCCAGGUUACCAGCUGGGCAGGCCGGUGCGCGCCGCACAUGCUGGCAGGAGGGACCCGGCGGCGGCCUUGAGCCUCUGGCAGCCAGCCGGGAGGGGUCUGUGCGAACCGGCCACUCUCAGACCCGUGUUAUUUGGAGAAAACGCGCUCGCGGGGUGCCUCCUGGAGGUGGGCACCGAGGAGAACUGCACUCGGCUCCGGGACAAGGCUGCGGAAAUACUUGAUUCAUUAAUACAAGCAACUCACGUUGCAACGAGAGGCAACUCCGAUUACCGGGACCUUGGUGACGGCUGGCUGGAGAUCGUGGCUGCCCCCGACCCAGGCGCAGACCCGGCUGAUGGCAGCGGGAAGGGCACCUGCACGGAGGUUCCUGCUCAGCUGAGCAUCCGCAUCCUCACCUGGGACGCGGGCGCCGUGGAAGGCAUCACCCAGCGGGAGAUCCUGGGCGCAGAGAAGAGGUCUGAGGCGGCUGCUUGGGUGCGGUUCAGAGGCAGGAGCGCGGAGGGCGCCCCAGAAACAGGGACACAGGGACACGCCGACUUAGAAGCUGAGGGUUUCCUUGCAAAUCGCGGCUAUCGGCCACGUGUGCGAAACGGGAGAUGUGUCGGCCGUGUGGUCAUGGCAACAGCUGUGUAACGCGUUCUCCCGGCGGGCACAUUUGAAAACUCUCACAAUAUAAACGGGGUAACUUUUUUUAAAAAUAUGUUUUUAUUGAUUUCAGAGAGGAAGGGAGAGGGAGAAAGA